UUUAGAAAAGUUGCCUGUAACUUUUAAACGCGCGACCAUUAUUACCUUACGUACUUACGUUAUUUGCGAAUAUGGCGCGAGGCAGUAGUGCUGGAUUUGAUAGACAUAUUACUAUUUUUUCGCCGGAAGGGCGACUUUACCAAGUAGAAUAUGCGUUUAAAGCAAUAAACCAAGGUGGACUGACUUCGGUUGCGGUGAAGGGAGUUGACACAGCCGUCUUUGCAACACAAAAGAAAGUGCCUGAUAAGCUGCUUGAUGCUUCCAGUGUUACUCAUGUUUUUCAACUCACUGAUCAUAUUGGUUGUCUUAUGACCGGCAUGAUAGCUGACAGUAAAUCUCAAGUUCAACGCGCAAGAUAUGAAGCUGCUAGUUUCAAGUACAAGUAUGAUUACGAAAUCCCUGUGGAUGCAUUGUGCAGACGCAUUGCAGAUAUUAGUCAAGUAUAUACACAAAAUGCAGAAAUGCGACCUCUUGGAUGCUCUAUGAUGCUCAUUUCAUAUGACAAAGAGAAGGGUCCGUGCAUUUAUAAAGCUGAUCCUGCUGGAUAUUACUGUGGUUAUAGAGCUAUAUCUGUUGGUGCUAAACAAACAGAAGCUAAUUCUUAUCUGGAGAAAAAACUAAAGAAGAAGCAGAACUAUGAUCACGACGAAACAAUACAGUUGGCUAUUACAUGUUUAUCUACCAUUUUAUCAGUAGAUUUUAAACCAACAGAAAUUGAAGUUGGUGUAGUAUCAAAAGACAAUCCUAAAUUUCGAUCCUUAACAGAACAAGAGAUUGAUAAGCACCUUACUGCAAUUGCUGAGAAAGAUUAAUGAUUUUAUGUAUAAUUCAACACAAAUAAAUGUCAUGUCUUGCUUCAUAC